CCCCACCCCCCCAAAUAUCGUUUCUCCUAACUUUCUAUACCUAAAAUUUGAAGCCUAAUACUAUCAAAGGACACGCAGCUGAGAUAAUGAACAAGUAAGGUGAAGCCUAAUUAUUGUAUAUUAUAGCUGGGGGAUGAUCAUCUAGACCAAGAGGCCUCUUAACAAUGGCUACGAAACUAAGUUCAGGAUACUUGUGUUGCAUGCUUCUACUGCUUCUCUCAGGCACUGCAUUCUCUCAGUCGAUUGUCAAGACUCUUCCCGGCUUCCCCGGCGAAUUGCCAUUUAAACUUGAAACUGGAUACAUAACUGUGGGCGAUGUCGUGUUCUUCUACUAUUUCAUUGAGUCGGAAGGGUUUCCGGGAGCUGAUCCUCUUCUACUCUACUAUAAUGGAGGCCCUGGUUGUUCUGGUUUAAAUGGAUUUCUUUACCAGAUUGGUCCAUUAAAAUUCAAUAUCACUGGUUAUACUGGGGGCUUACCAACAUUGAUAUACGAACCAAACUCAUGGUCAAAGACUGCCAACAUAAUAUUCUUGGAUGGACCUGUGGGUGCUGGCUUUUCGUAUGCAACUGCACAAGAAGCUUGGGACACAACAGACUAUCUUUAUGCAACACAGCUCUAUGAGUUUCUAAGAAAUUGGUUGAGCAUACACCCAAGUUUCAUGAACAAUCCAGUCUUUCUUGGAAGCGAUUCCUAUGCAGGAAUAAUUACUCCAAUUCUUGCUCAAAAUAUCAUAAAUGGCAAUGAAGCAGGAGUUGUGCCUUUUGUGAAUCUCAAAGGAUUCGUGCUUAGUUGCCCUCAUACGAAUACAGAUCUUGAAACGGACGUAAAAAUAACAUUUGCUCACCGGAUGGCUUUAAUAUCGGAUGCCAUGUAUGAUACAGCCAAAGAUAGUUGCCAUGGGAAUUAUGCUUAUCCAGACAAUUCAAACUGUACAGAGGCACUAUCAGCAAUAAGUCAGUGCAUAGAGCUAAUAAGUGAUCAAAAUAUAUUGGAACCCGCUUGUGCUUUCUUGUCACCGAAAGCAAAAGAAAUGGCAAAAGAAGAAAGAGCUCGAAGAUCACUAAGAGAAAAAUCAAACAAUUUUAUUCUUCCAUCAACUAGAAGCGGUGACUUUUGGUGCAAAAAUUUUGAUUAUUUGCUCUCUGACAUAUGGGGAAAUUACAAAAGUGUUCAAGAAGCUCUUCAUGUUCGACCGGGAACAGUGAAACAAUUCUUUAGGUGCAAUGUCACCAUUGAGUACACAGUUGACACAGAUGAUGUUGUCCCAGUUCAUAAAAAUCUUACCGCCUCAGGCUUGCAAGUCUUGGUGUUCAGUGGUGAUCAUGACAUGGUUAUUCCUCAUAUCGGUAUUGAACAAUGGAUACUUGCUCUCGACCUAACAAUUGAUACUGAUUGGCGACCAUGGUUUGUCGAUGGUCAAGUUGCAGGGUACACAAGGAAAUAUACAGAUGAUGGGUACCGUUUGACAUAUGCAACUCUAAAGGGAUCUGGACAUUCGCCACCAGAGUAUAAACGCAGGGAAUGUUAUGAUAUGUUCGACAGAUGGAUCCAUUAUUAUCCUCUGUAGUUUUUUCUUUAUCUUUUUAUUUCUUAAAUUUUGGCAAAAUUUUCAUAUGUAGUUUAAUAAUUGAAAUUAAAGUUGAUGCGACAAUUGUCUCCAACAAUGCAAUCCUUGUUUUGUGUUGCUGUAUUUUAUGCGGUAUAUGAACUUUUUGAUAUAAGAAUGAACCAUAAUGAAAAAGAACUAAGUCAUUAAUUUUUGGUGAUUUUA